AUGGUUGAAAGUUCUUUUGACUAUAAUGAUUGUAUUUCAAGUGUUCCAGGUCUAUGUUAUAAAGAUAUAGCUGUUGGCACAUAUUUUUCGGAUGCAAUAUCUUUCAAGCAUACUUUGCGAUCAGUUGCCAUCAAAGAGAAUUUUGGUGUUAGGAUUAAGGCUAGUGAUAAGAAACGUGUUAUUGUUACAUGUUCUUAUCAAAGUUGCCAAUGGAGAAUUAGAGCUUCCCUAUGUGAAGAUGCUCAAACUUUUGAAGUUAGAAGAGUUGAUGGUGUUCACACGUGUCCAGGCAUCAACCGUGCUGGGAAUAGACUAGCCACAUCUGCAUGGGUUGCCAAAGAGAUUCAAGAGAUGGUCAAAAGGAAUCCUGACGUUCCUCCAAAAGAUAUCAAUAGCAAUUUAGAGAAAGAGUAUGGUCUUUCAUUACCUUACAUGAAGUUGUGGAGGUCUAGGGAGCAAGCUCGUGAAAGUAUAUUUGGCUCUAUUGAUGAUAAUUAUAAAUGGGUGCCUUCACUACAUGUUGAUUUGAUUGGUAGAAAUCCUGGUUCACAUAUCACAUAUAUGUUUGACCAACAUGACAAUUCAUUUCAGAGAUUUUAUGUAAGUUUUAAGGUGUGCACAGAUGGAUUCAUGUAUGGUUGCAGGCCUCUAAUUAGUUUGGAUGCAUGCCACCUCAAAUCCAAGCAUUUACGAAUGCUUUUAUUAGCAACCUCACUUGAUGGUAAUAACGGUUUAUUUCCUUUGGCCUUUGAUGUUGUUGAAACUGAAUCUAAGCAGACAUGGUUUUGGUUCUUUCAUAACUUGGGAGAAAGCAUUGGUACACACAUAGAACCUCUUGCAGUCAUUUCAGAUAUGGAGAAGGGCUUGGGCUAG